AUGUGCCACAUCAGACGAGUACACAACGUAUACACUUGCGGCCACCGCAUCCCACUGCAGGACGAGAAUAUUCACUGCAACUCCCCAAACUGCAAAUUCAGCUCUUUCCAUCCUCAGAACUGCCCGCAGGCGUUUUGUAAGAAGACGUGCUGGCAGUAUCGCCAGUCUCCAGAGCAGAUACCGCUUCAUCAUCAAUACCCGUGCCAUGCCUGCGCCCGUUGA